CGUUAUGCCAGCCAAGCAAUUGACGUGAUUCUCACAACUGGGGAAAAUGACAAAAAUAGUUUAUUUCAAGCAGAAACCAACCUUGACUCAGCUGUUUUCUCUCGCGUCUAAUACUUUAUCAGAACACAUGUUUUUUAAUUAUCAGUAGAACUGAAACUAUUGUAGUUUUCCUGGUAACUAACAACUGAGCGUUAUGAGUAGUUACCGAAAUAGGUAUAACCAUUAUUUGGGCCCAACUCGAGAUUAUCUUACUUAUGGAAUAUUUGAUGACUCAAGCAUAGAACGAAGGAGACCUGUUCCACAAAAGAUUGGAGUUUUACGGGAUGAUCAAAAACCCAGACCAUUCUAUAUGUGUCCUUGCCUAGUGGAAGCUGCGGAGGCUAAAAGGACUUUUUCUGUUGACGAUGAAGACUCUUACUUGCCGAAAUUCGUAAACACAUACAGAAGACCCCUUUGCACACCAGACGAUUUGCUAAAAAUCAUUCGAAAGCCAGAAGGACAUUUCCAGUUGCCCACCGAAGCUUACAACGAAGUUUUCCCUGACAUUUAUUUAGGAGAUGCCUUGACUGCCAUGUCCAUAGCCUUGUUGAAGCGACUGAGAAUAACGCAUAUCUUGAAUGCUGCCCAAGGGGAUGGCCGGAGUAGCGGCUCUAUCAACACUUCUGAAGAUUUCUAUGUACCCCAGGGAAUACAGUAUCUUGGAGUACCAGCUGUUGACAAUACAACAUACAGAAUACACCAUCACUUCGAGGACGCGGCUGAUUUUAUAAGUGACGCUCUUAAACAUGGAGGUAAAGUGUUGGUUCACUGCCAGGCUGGAAUCAGCAGAUCAGCCACAUUGAUUUGCGCAUUCCUGAUGAUAAAGCAUAAAAUGUGUGUGGAAGAUGCGGUGAAGAUAAUUCGAAAAAAGCGAGCUAUCAUUCCAAAUAAAGGCUUUCUCCAACAACUCUGCGAUCUUAAUGAUAAACUGAAACGGCAAACGAAUUAUUGAACAUUUCCUAACAAUUGAUAAGUAAAUAAGAAUAAAUAAAUAAGUAAUGUUUCGAAAAUUUCAAUAACAUUGUAACUAAAUGUAAAUUCUUUUAUGAUCUAUAGGAAGAAAAAUUAAUGAAUAAGUAUUUUUUUUUAGCUUUUUGUUAUUGUUUAUCAGUUACUGAUUUUCAGAUAAGUGAAAAUUUCAUUUAAUGCGAAAGUUUUUAGAUGAAAAUGCAAAUGUAAAUAACUAUAUUUUAUUCACUAAGUGUUGAGACAAUUUCUUUUAUAGCUGUGUUGAGUUUUACAAAAGUGUAAUUUUACUAUGCAUUAUGAAGUAAAUGUUUCCUAAAUGAUGUCUUUUACUUUUGCAAGCAAGCUAUCUAAUUUGUUAGUUCAACCCGAUAAAUUAUCAAUUUAACAAAAUACAAA